AUGACUAAAGAUGAAGAAACCCCGAACUCAAAGAAGCUCUCUUGGGCUGAUCAGGUCGAAGCUGAAGACAACGAGGAGGAACGUGCCUUGCCCCAUCUCCCUCCACGCCAAGUCAUUGGCCCUGACGAGAAUGGGAUAAAGAAAGUCAUAGAGUACAAGUUCAAUGAAGCUGGUGACAUGGUUAAGGUCACAUCCACCUAUCAGGUUCGCAAGGUUUGUACCAAGACGAGUAAGCGAGCCAUUCAGAGAAGGUCAUGGCCAAAGUUUGGUGAUGCAGUGUACGACGAAGCUAGUAGCAGACUCACUACGGUUUCUACUGAGGAGAUUUUUCUUCAAAGGCCGUCUAAAGUAGAAGAAACUAAAGCCAGGGAAGAUGCUUUGAAGCAACUGGGAAAGAGAGGAAAUAGUUCCUUGGUGUGUAAGACUCGUGUCCAAAAGGGUGACCACUUGACUUUAAGGUGUCCUUACAAGGAUCUUGCACCACAAAGUGAACUACGGAAUUAUAAAAGGCUUUCUUCAGCAUACGGUGCUGCAACUUCUUCUAAAGCCAACAGCAGCACUUAUGUUCCUCCAGGUAUGAGAGAUGGUGCCAAAAAGGGAAUUGGCACAGAUGUGAGGCGCAGGAAUGAAAAGUACACCGUCAGAGUUAGCAAUCUCUCACGGUAUGCUCAAGAGAGCGACGUACGUGAGCUUUUCUGCCUAUUUGGACAAAUAGCUGAUGUCUACGUUCCCCGUGAUCAUAAGCCUAAUUUGAACAGAGGUUUUGCUUUUGUCAAUUUCGUUAACAAGGAAGAUGCACAGAGAGCCAUUAACAAGCUCGAUGGAUAUGGAUAUGACAAUCUGAUCCUCAAUGUUGAAUGGUCCUUGCCAAGAAAAUAGAUGUACAUGUUCCUUA